AUGAAGAUCUACAUGGGGGUGAUUUGUGGAAUCGGAUCACCUGCCAAUAUCCCGAUCAUUGUAAACAUUUCAAAAUUUCAAUCCCGAUGCCCUGCUUCAUUUUUGCUCUGCUUCCUGGCCGUCAUUGAUAGCUCUGCUCCUGUUGCUAAACUUAUUGAAAGAAACAUUUGGGCCCAUGACGUAGAGCGUGGCCGGUUUGGCUGCGAGACGAUCGGCGUUCCUUUUAGAACACUCACGGUCAUCAGAAACUGGACAGUCGUUGUAAUAUGUGCUGAGCGGUGCAUAGCUGUUUGCGAGCCCUUCAAGAGAAACGUCUGGAUCUCUAAGAGGCGCCGCAAACGUGCCUUGUCUUUGAUUUCG